AUGCUCAAAAAUGCUGCUGUGAGAUUUUGUUUUCCGAAAAGCUGGCACUUUUCGACCAAUGCGUCCAGAUCAUUCAUAAGAGGCAUCAGCAACAUAAAUGUCCUGCAAACACUAAGGGAAAGGCAGCUUUUGGCUCAGGUAUCUGAGCCUGUGUCACUGCUAGAACAGAAAUUAUCCAAUGGAGAAAAAUUGGGAUUGUAUUGUGGCGCGGAUCCAACAGCUGAGUCCUUGCAUUUGGGCAAUCUACUACCAUUGAUGGUGCUACUACACUUCUACAUUGCAGGCCACGACGUUUAUACCAUUGUUGGGGGUGCCACGGGUAAAGUGGGGGAUCCCAGUGGCCGCAGCACUGAAAGAGCUGCCAUGGAAGAUGGUAAAAGAUUGAACAAUGUUGCAAGAAUUCAAAAACAGCUCCAAUCGUUCUUCGACAUGGGAUUGGAGUAUUACAAGCAAAAGAACAACUCUGUUAAGAAUGGACGGGCUAUACACAUGAACAAUUUCGAUUGGUGGAGUGAUGUGAAAAUGUUAGAUUUUUUGGCCAUUUACGGGAGACACAUUAGAGUCCAGGCAAUGCUUGCCCGAGACUCGGUUUCCUCGAGACUCGAUGACCAGGACGGAAUUGGAUUCAACGAGUUCACGUACCAAAUUCUUCAAGCCUACGAUUUCUACCAUUUAAACAAGGUCCACAGCGUCAGCGUACAAGUUGGUGGUAACGAUCAGUGGGGAAACAUCACCGCCGGGAUCGAUUUGAUCAAAAGAGUUGGAUCCACGGUGAAAGGUGAAAAUGUGCCAUUUGCCCUAACGGUUCCUCUGUUGACCACAUCUACGGGUGAGAAGUUCGGCAAAUCUGCUGGUAAUGCUAUUUUUAUUGACCCAAACAUCACAACACCGUUUGAAAUGUACCAAUAUUUCAUGCACACCACCGAUGCCGACGUUGAGAAAUUUCUGCGAGUUUUUACUCUUAUACCCACCGAAACCGUGAUAGAAACGAUUACAGCCAGUGAAGAGAGCCCGAAGGAGCGCAUUCCUCAGAAAUUGCUAGCGAAAGAAGUUGUUGACUUAAUCCACGGGGUGGGGAAAGGUCAAGAUGCAGAAACUGUAUCUGAAGUACUUUUUGGGACGCGGAAGCUUGAAAUUGGAGCCUCAGAUAUUUUGAGAGCUUGUCAAGACGCUCGCAUCUUAAUAAAAUGCAGUAGAGGCCUGUCGCUAGAAGAACUGAUUUCACAAAUGACAGGAUGCUCCAAAUCAGAAGCUCGACGUAAGCUAGCUCAGGGCAGCAUUUAUUUGGGUCCUGAAAGGACGAAAAUCACGGAAAAUCAUCACGACCUCGAGCCAUUUUAUAUCGAGAGUAAAGUCCUGCUCCUGAGAACCGGUAAGCAGAAAUGCUAUGUUAUUGAAAUCAAGUAG